CCCCCCCCCCCCCCCCCGCGACCAAACCGUUCCCAGCCACCUGGAGCUGGCCAAGAUGUUUUGAGAAUGCUGAGAUGUUUGGGGGUAAUCAGCAUAUUUCUCAGGGUGCCUGGCUGUGGGAUGGUGGUACAAAUCCCUGCUCUGCUCCCUAUCACCUGUCACUCCCCCCUCCCGAUUUCCUACCACAUCAGAUAUUUUAUCUCCUAAGUAUAUACAAUAAAGUAUUGCAAAACAAAUAAACGCAAAUGGCUCUUGGGACAAAUGUGGGUAUUUGUGAGAUGUAAUCUUAAUUUAAACCUGUCUUUUCAUUUUCUGAAGAACUCUGGGAUUGAGAAAGCUUUUCUUUUUGAUGUUGUCAGCAAGAUCUAUAUUGCAACAGACAGUUCCCCUGUUGACAUGCAGUCCUAUGAGCUAUGUUGCGACAUGAUUGACGUUGUGAUUGAUGUUUCUUGCAUAUAUGGAUUAAAAGAAGAUGGCAGCGGUAGUGCAUAUGACGAGGAAUCUAUGGCAAUUAUUAAACUCAAUAACACAACUGUUUUAUAUUUAAAAGAAGUGACAAAAUUUCUAGCCUUGGUGUGUAUCCUCAGAGAAGAAAGCUUUGAGCGCAAAGGCCUCAUAGACUACAAUUUCCACUGCUUCCGCAAGGCCAUCCACGAGGUCUUUGAGGUGGGCCUUUCCUCUCACCGCUCCUGCGGCCAUCAAGCCAACAUUCCCAAUUUGAAAGCAGUGACUCAUAACGGCACCCCGAAGGAGGACUGAGUCGGGACGGCCUGGGGCUGGCUUGCCUACCCUGGGCCUGGGUCAGUGCAGGAGCAGCAGCACGGAGGAUGGGCGGCACAACGUCCUCCGUUUUGUUUGAAGCAAGCGGAGUCUGCCUUGGGGGCUGGUGGCCCUCCCCAGGAGUGACUGAGGGGAAGCCAAGAGGCUGAGGGGUGCCUUUCGUGGCCAUUGGGCAGGCAGCCUCUCCUCCACAGGGGAACUUUUCUUCUUUGUUUCCGGAUUCAGCAGCAGGCGAUGUGCUCCAGGCGCUCAGAAACUCAAGCGUAGUAGUUCUUAAGUUACUUGAGUAUACGCUCCACACAUUCCACCUGAGAUAUCGCAUUGUUUUGUGGUCAUGCCUGAAAGAAGCCACCUAUCCUGUGACCUCUCCUUUGCAAACCCAUGGAAUGAAAACGCUCGUCUGCUUUUCUAGCUCUAACUGUCCUCAGAACUGUUUGAAAAGUCACGUCUUGCGUUGCCAAGCUUUUGGCCACUCGGUAUCAGUGCCUGCAAUCAUUCGUGCCCUGGUUUUUUUACUCUGAUUCUUCUAUGCUAUUUUUCCCCCUGAAGCGGGUUUGGGUGGCGCUGGCUCCCUCAGCUAGGAAACGGAG